UCAAAAACACAAAAUGGAAAGCAAUGCUACAGAUGUAUCAGUAAACCAUACUCUGGUAAAGAAAGAAAUUGAAACUGAAGAGAAAGCAUGGUUUGCUGGCAGAAGAAGGAGACGGACUUUGUCAUUGCCCAGUCGGUUACACAGCGCCACACUAUCAUCUGAUAAAGAGGACAUGAAUUCCUGUCCAUUAAAUGUGAAAGUUGAAAAGAGUGAAAACAGUUCUCACAAAAAGCAGGGAGAGAGCUCAAAGCCCAUCGAUAAAGUAAUAAUCAAAUCUGAACAUGUUCUACCUGUCCUUAUGUACAACUUACGUAGCACAACACCAAUUAAGAAAAAGCAAAGUGAAGAACCGAUGGAAUGCAACAAAGAGACAAGAAAGUGGACUAAAGAUGAACGGAUACAGCUUGUUAAUAUCCUGAAAAACGAAGGAUACGAUGGAGACAUAAAAUAUCUGGCAGCCCAGUUUCCUGGACAGAGUGUGGACAGCUUACGUUACUUUUUCGCCAGCUUGAUUUAUCCCAAGAAAGAAGAGUGGGAAAUGUCGUUGGAUAGAUACAUCAAAAUGAUAAAAGAUGAUCAUGGACGGCUCAGUUUUGGAGAAAAUUGGCCUGUGUUCGUUGCUGCCUAUUCCAAGUUUGGCAAACACCCUUGCCCUUCCGAAGUUGGCGGGGUUAACUACGGCCUCAUAUACCAAUCUAUCGUGUUUUUUAUGCGUGGAGGAAUGCCGAAGAAACUGGACGAAAGAACUCGAGUAAAAUUAUACCUUGUAGUAAAACAGUUGAGGAAAAACUUGAGAAAUCGAUGCAUACGUCCCACUAUUGAGCACAGCGUAGCACCGAAAAACGGCAGCAUGACACGUGAAGAAAAGAAUGAAUAUCUAGCUGAGAGGAGAAGCGAGCUGUGGUCUGAAGGAGAAUGGUCUGCACGGACGAAAGCUUUAUCGAAAGACAUUCACGUGGUACGGGAGUUUUUCUUUUCACACGAUUGCUUUAAUCCCUUUACGUUCCCGCUGGAUGAAAAUGGACUUCUCGCCAAAACUCUGACCACCAGGACUAGGCGUGGUACUCUGUGAUUUAUAAGAUUCAACUACAGCUGUUUCGCACCUUGCAACAGUUUUUUUUUACAUCUUUCCCUAUGGUUGGACUACUCCACUUCAAAAUUCCGGUUCAAGUGUUAAUUUUUUUACAGUUAUUUUACAGAUUUUGUAGUGUUGAAAUUGAUAUAAUUUAUUGCACGUUUUCUAUAUAACCAGCACGUCUCAACUAAUUCUCUUCGUAUCACUAACUUUUACCUUUCUUAUUUUUCUAUGUGUGGAAACGCAAGUAGGAAGACGAUCGUAGAAUACCCCUAGAAUUUUUAUGCUCCCAAAUGAAACCGCUACCCAAUUGUAAAAUUUAACUUUUUAGGCGGAGCAACCAUCUUGGAUGAAAUGAUGGCGAUAAACAAACCCAAAUUAAAUUUGUUUCAAAUUCCUCACAUGCUUUGAAAUAGUACGAUUAAUUUCCCCCUUUUUUUCUUCGUGUCAAAUAGAUUUAAUAGCAAAGGAGAGUUGGGUCCAUUACGAGAGGCAAGUUGCAGCUUACCAUUGCAAUUUACUAUUGCCAUUAGCGGAGGCUAACGGAUGUGUGUUAUGGGCACAAUGAAUUCGUGCACGAGAACGGUGAUGAAACAGGGCUGGAGUUCCAGAGCAGUUGCCCGCUGAAACGCGUUAAAUAGUACCUGUCUCCUGGACAUGAACUGCAUCGUGUUAAGUCCAAUCAUACUCAAUAAAACGAAGAGGGAAGAUAAACCUCCAUGCAUAUGGCUGGCAAAGGAUUGCGCGAUAAGGUAAUUUAUAUGAAAAAUUCCACGUAGUACGAUGAACCUUGCGAAUUAGGCUUAAAUAACUUCGCGAAUUGUUAGAAAGGAUACAUUGAGAAAAGGUAGUUAAGGUUAAGGAAGAACACGUUUAAAAAUUCAAGUUUUGAUUUUUAGAAGGGGGAGUAAGUUCUUUAAAAAAAAAAAUACUUUUCGAGUACAUAUUCUUUAAAAAAAAAACGUGGUAAAAUUAUUCUUGUGGGAAAGA